AAAACUCACACAACAACAUCACAAAGAUCACCACAGACGCAGCUCCAACCUAAAAUCAGACGCCGAGAGUGACGAUGGGGCUCUGCAUGUCUAGCGGCAGCGCGGUGGCGGCGGCGGCGCGGGCAAAGGGGCAGCCUGCCUCGACGGCUAUGGUACUGCUUCCAACGGGGGAGCUGCGGGAGUACCCGCGCCCGGCCACAGCGGGCCAGGCGCUCGAGGACUCAGUGGCUGGGGACGCCAGCUGGUUCCUGUGCGACGCCGACGAGAUGGGGUUCGAGGGCCCCGUGGCCGCGGUGGCUGUGGCAGAGGAGCUACGCCCGGGGCAGAUAUAUUUCGUGCUCCCCGCUGAGGCUCGACGGAACGGCCUCCAGCGCGAGGACCUCGCCGCUCUCGCUGUCAGGGCGUCCGUGGCGCUCGUUAAUAAGGCCAACGCCGGCGGCGGACGACGGAGGCGAGCCGGCUCGGUGGCGCCGCUCAUUUUCGCCCCACCCCAGGAGGUAGUCGAGACCAUCGCUUACAAGAACGUGCCGGCGCUGGCAGCAAAGAGGCGGCCGGUGGCGCGUGCGAAGAGUGCUGGGAGGAUGCAGCCGCGCUUCGCACCCGAUCUGACCGCCAUCCCUGAGUGCGAGUGAACCAACACAAUGGCGUCUCCCGUGCAAGGUAUAGGCAGAUGGGGAGGUGGAUUAGACUCUGUAAUUUGUAGGAACGAAAUUUUGGCUUGUUAGUCGAGUUUGUGUCUGAACACGCUACGACGGAGAAAACAAAAUUAAUGUGAAUAUAAAUUCCUGAUUUUGCCAAAGCAUCUCCUCUAGUUUCUACGACGGAGAAAACAAAA